UCUCUCUUUAGGGGGCUGACAGGAGCCAGUUUCUUCAGUGUGUUUGAGGGAGCAGAGGAGAAACUUGUGCUGUGUUCUGAACUGUCUGAGAGUAUAGUGAAAUGGAGAGCUAUCUGGCAUAUAUUUUUGUAUCGUCUUUUGUGUCACUCAUUACAGCCGACAGUGUGAAUGUGAGGUUGGUGAAUGGUAAUAGUAUCUGUGAUGGUCGAGUGGAGGUUCAUCAUGAUGGUCAGUGGGGAACAGUGUGUGAUGAUUACUGGGAUAUUGCUGAUGCUGAAGUGGUGUGUAGAGAGCUGGACUGUGGGAGGGCUGUUAAAGCAACAUAUGAAGCUCAGUUUGGACGAGGAUUAGGUAAAAUCUUGAUGGAUGAUGUGGCCUGUAGUGGAUCAGAGUCAACACUGAAGAACUGUAGAUCAAGAGGAUGGGGUGUUAGUGAUGGCUGUGGUCAUCAAGAAGAUGCUGGAGUCAUCUGCUCAGACUCAGAGCAAAGACUUCGACUUUUGGAUGGGUUUCACCUGUGUUCUGGAAGAGUGGAAAUGUUUCGUUCUGAAGGAUGGGGUUCAGUGUGUGACGCUGCCUUUGACCAGAAGGAUGCAGAGGUUGUGUGUAGAGAGAUGAAAUGUGGGGCUCCUGUACAGGUGCUGGGAGCAGCUGCUUUUGGUAAAGGGAAAGACCGUGUUUGGUCAGAGGAGAUUCAGUGCAGAGGAAGUGAAUCUCAAAUACACAUCUGUCAACAAUCGACUUCCCAGAUGCAGAGCUGUUCCCAUGACAAUGAUGUGGGAGUGAUCUGUUCUGGUUACACUGAUCUCAGGCUGGUAAACGGUUCAGACUCUUGUUCUGGAAGAGUGGAGCUUCAGUUCCUCAAUGAUUCGGGCACAGUGUGUGAUGCAUGCUGGGAUAUGAGAGCUGCCAGUGUUCUCUGUAGACAGCUGAAUUGUGGGAUUGCUGUGUCUGUUGUGGGAUCACACUGGUUUGGAGAGGGAAACGAUGACAUCUGGGCUGAUGUGUUUGAUUGUGACGGGAAUGAAACUAAACUCUCAGAAUGUUCCAUCUCUUCAUGGAGUCGAGCUGAAUGUUCUCAUAAACGAGAUGUUGGAGUCAUCUGCUCUAACAGUGAAGCUCAUCUGGGAAACUGCAGCUCUCCACAAACUCUCAACUGCAGCUCCACACAACAGCUGUCAGUCACAAACUUUGGUCGGGGGUCCAUCAGGCUGGUGGGUUCUGGGGGAGACUGUGCAGGGAGGCUGGAGGUUUUUCACAGCGGCUCAUGGGGGACAGUGUGUGAUGACUCCUGGGAUAUUAAAGAUGCUCAUGUGGUGUGCAGACAGCUGCAGUGUGGAGUUGCCCUCAGUAACCAGCAGGUACCAGCCUGGUUUGGUCCUGGUUCUGGACCCAUAUGGCUGGAUGAGGUGGAGUGUGAGGGGAAUGAGACGUCCCUGUGGAGCUGCUCUUCUCCAGGCUGGGGAAAACAUGACUGUCAACACAAGGAGGACGUAGGAGUCGUGUGCUCAGAAUUUAAAGAGAUCAGGUUAACUGAGGGCUGUGAAGGGAAUGUGGAGGUCUUCUACAAUGGAUCCUGGGGUAAUGUGUGUUACAACCAGAUGGACAGAGACACAGCGAGUCUGAUCUGUCAAGAGCUGAACUGUGGAAGAUCUGGAAGUGAACCCGGUAAUUCAGAGGGACUGAAGUCUCAUAACUGGCUUGAUAAUCUUAAGUGUCGUCUACAUGAUUCAUAUCUGUGGCAGUGUCCAUCUUCACUCUGGGGACAGAAUGACUGUGAUAAUGAUGAAGUGGCCAAAAUCACCUGCUCAAAGGAUCAGAUUCUUGAGUCGCCUAAGAGUUUUCUGACAUGUUCUACCUCACCAUCUCCAUACAAGAGACAGUGUUCAAAUCAUGUUCCUCUCAGACUGCGUGGAGGGGACGGCCGGUGCUCUGGGAGGCUGGAGGUGUAUCAUAACGCCGUGUGGGGCUCAGUCUGUGAUGAUCACUGGGACAUCAGCGAUGCUCAGGUGGUCUGCAGGCAGCUGGGUUGUGGAGCAGCACUGGGGGCUGAUGGCAAUUCAGUCUUUGGUGCAGGUGAAGGUGUUGUGUGGAUGAACAAAGUCGAGUGCAGAGGGAAUGAGAUUCACCUGUGGGACUGUCCUCUUUCCCUGAAUAACCACACUGACUGCUCCCGCAAGAAGCUUGUUACACUCACCUGUGCAGACUUGUCAGAUUUGUCAGUGUCAACUACUCCUGUCUCAACUUCGUCAGCUUCUUCUCCAGUUUCUCCUCCAGUGCGCUACACAUCAGUCUCUCCUCCACAAACUCCUCCACCAGUGUCUCCCCCAGUGCUAGUGAUUGUUCUGGGAGUUGUGCUCUUACUGCUCUUAGUGCCACUGCUUAUACUGAUUCAGCAGAACAGAGUGAUGAGGAGAGCUCUCUCUAAGAGGAGACACAGGACGAUGUCUGAGGCCGUUUAUGAGGAGAUUCAGCACAGACACAAUCACUUCACUCAGAGGGGGAGUCUUAUCUCUGAAGAACUGCAUUCUGGGUAUGAAGAUGCUGAUGAGCUUCUCUCAGGUUAG